AUGGCAGCGGGGCUCCUCCAAAGCAUCUUCGCUGCUGUGCAGAAGGCGCCUGAUGCUACAGCGUUGCUGUGGUAUGCGCCAAACGGCAAGGGAACGGCUGCAGACAAGAGCACUCAGAGCUACCACGAAGUCUGGACAGCGGCCACAGAGGCCGCCUCCGUACUCGCAUCCUUGGCGGCGGAGACGGAGCAGACGGAGCCGGAGCUGCCUGCAAGAAUCGGCCUCAUGCUCUCAGGUGGAGUCGCCCUGCCCGUGCUGGAGCUAGCGGUGCUGCUUGCAGGUCUUGUCUUGGUACCUCUGGAUGCUGAAGAACCACUUCCGCGACUGGAGUUCAUUGUGGAGGAUGCCGGACCGCUGCUGGCCUUGGUGGCAGCAGAGCCGCAACUUCAGAAAGCAGAGAUGCUGCUGCAGAGCUCGGGACAUCCAAGCCAGAAGAGAGGACCAUGGCUCCUUCGAGAGUCAGAGCUGCUGCGACGCGAGGCAACCCAGACGUCUGAGCGUCGACAACCGCAUCAUAUUGCCCCAGAGCAGAUUUCGCACAUCUUCUUCACAUCGGGAAGCACUGGACGUCCCAAAGGUUGCAUGUGCAGCUUUGGCAAUUUGGACACGUACUGCGUGGCAAAGAACUCUGUCCACCAGGUUGACAGCUCCAGCAUUGUCUUCGUGGCCAGUGCGCACACCUUCGACCCGUCCCUUGGCGACUUCUUCUCUGCGUGGUUGGCGGGCGCAACCGUGGCCCUGGCACCGCGGGAGACGCUGCAGGCAUCUCUUGGGAGCUGUCUCCGGAAAACCGAGGCCAGCCACGUGCAAACGACCCCUGCACACUUUGCUACUGUGGAGGCAGGAGCUUUACAGUUGCGAGUGGUUGCAUUGGGAGGCGAACUGAUGCCGCAGUCGCUGACCGCCUGGGCUGCUGACGUCAGCCUGCUGAACACCUACGGCGUGACGGAGUGCACCGUGUAUCAGGCGGCGGCAGUGCUCACGCCCAAGAGCAGCCCUCGACUGUUGGGUGCUGCGCUCCCUGGCACACGGCUCUUGCUCGCAGCAGGCAGAGGUGAUGAUCCGACCGCUCUCGUGGAGGAUGGCAGCGGGGCACAGGGCGAGCUCUGGAUUGCAGGCCCGCAAGUCGGCCUGGGCUACAUGAGGCGCCCGGAGCUGACGUCGGAGCGGUUUCGUGACAUCGAGGGCCUUGGGCGCUGCUUCCGCAGUGGUGACUUGGCCACAGCCAGAGAUGGCGGCUGGCAGCUGCUAGGCCGCCGUGACGGGAUGGUGAAGCUGCGCGGCCGCCGGGUGGAGUUGGGGGAAGUGGAGGAAGUCCUGCUUGCAGCAGCGCCUGACAUCAUCGCGGCGGCUGCUGCGGUUUUGGUUCCUCCAGGUCCUCGACUUGUUCUCUACUGUGUCCUGCGAGGAGACCAGGCAGCGGACUGCCAAGAAGUUUGCUGCACACUGCUACGGCGCUUGGGAGAAGAUCGGUUGCCUGCCCACAUGGUCCCAAGCGUGGUCUUGGCUGUGGACUCGUUUCCCAUGACCGCCACCGGGAAGGUCUCACGCAAGGAGUUGGCGCAGAGGCCGCUGCCCGACCUGGGAUGCCAAGCAGGCCAAGCAGGCCGAGGAGGCCAGCUGCCAGGGCCCGCCGGCCGCGUGGCCGCCGCCUGGAGUGAGGUGCUGGGAGUUCCCGUCGGGAAUGCCAGGGCCCACUUCCUCGCUUUGGGAGGGGACUCCCUGGCUGCACUGCGCGUUUGCCAGCGCCUGGCGGCAAGGAGCACGACGGAGCCAGGAUCCUUCGGCGAGCAUCUGCCAGAGCCACUGCUGCCGGCGAAUCUCCUCAGCAGGCCGUACCUGACAGACUUUUUGCAGCAUCUGCAGCGGUCGUCCGUUGGUGCCGAGUUCGAGGAGUCAGCGGAGUCCACAGCUGAGUCUACGGAGCGCAGGGAGUCUGGGGCGAUCGAGCUGGAUGCAGAGGCAUCGCAGGAUCUCGAGCAGACUGGCACCACAGGGCAGGCCUCCUACCACGAAAUCCUCCAGCAAGCAGCUGGUGUCGGAGCACUUCAUGCAGUUCACCAUCUCCUCCAACGUCACGAUGUGCAUGGUGCGCAUGAGUCAGCUGCAUGUGCCCGCACACCAUUGCAUGCAGCGUGCAUGAACGGCCGCGCCGAAGUUGUCCGAGUACUGCUGGAAGCUAGAGCGUCUGCCACUUCAUCCGACAGAAAUGGGGUCCAGCCGCUUCAUUUGGCUGCACAAGGUGGGUCAGAGCAAGUGCUGACCUUGUUGACGACGGCACGAGCCAAGAUGGAUGCGACAAGUGGCCAGAAGCAGACUGCCCUUCACUGGGCAGCUCGAUCCGGAGCACCUGGAGCUGUGUUGAGCUUUCUCCUGGCAGAUCAUGAAGCGAGCGCAGCGAGCGCCCCGAGAAAAGCUAGAGGCGCCAGAGCUGGGGCAUGUGUGAGGGUCGAUGCGAAGGAUGAAUGGGGCAGAUCGGCCUUGCAUUGGGCGGUUGUGAAUGGCCACCGCACCGUCGUUCUGAAGCUUCUCGAAGCAGGUGCCGACCGGAAUUUGCGAGAUGCCUCAGGUGAGACGCCCUUGCUUAUUGCGGAGCGAAGGGCACAGUGCCAGGCACAAGACCGACCAGGAGACAUGGGAGCGUCGGUCUUCGGAGACAUCGCCACGCUGCUGGGCGGCUCAGCAAGCACAGCGAAGGCGUAG